AUGGGGAUCGACCCGGUGACUCACAAGCCGAAGAACGACGCCCUCCUCACCACCCAAGCCGGCUCCCACUACUCCAACAACUCCAAGAGCGCCGCCAACCUCAGCCACAUGGCUCAGUGGGAGAGCGCUCGCCUCGAAGCCGAAGCCCGCCUCGUCCGCCAGUCCAAGCUCCGCUCCCACUCCUUGCUCGCCACCUUGGCAGCAGCAGCCGGUUCCACCUCAUCAGCAACCGCCACGUCACUCAGCAGUAUCAACGUCCACGUGGACCUAGAGUCUCCCACGUCAACUCUCUCCACCACCGCAUUGCCGGGGAAUCCGAUUAUUAGUAGUAGUCAUGAUCAUCAUGAAGAUGAUCGUUCUCCGUCAAUCCCGCACAUGUUCGAGUUCAUCAAGGACAUAUCUCAUCAUCAACAUGACGAUGAUGAGAGUGAUGACUGGACAGUGUGCCAGCUGGCAGCUGAUCAUCAUUCGUCAAUAAAUGAUCAUAAUCAUCAUCAUCACAUUGCUGUUGCUAGUGGAGGUACGAUUUCCUGCGGCAGCUCCAUGGAAGCGGGGGGAUGGACUCUCAAUAAUAAAGAGAGUAGUAAUGGUGGUGGUGAUGACGUGGCGGAGGAGGGUUUCAUCAGUCUUUUGUUGUGUGAUUCGUCGACGGCGGCAGGUGGCGAUCAUCAAGAGCACGGAUGCAGCAGCGAGGUUAAUAAUAGCUCGGAGGUUAGUGGUGGUGGUGGUGGUGGUAGUGGUAACGAUAAGAAUAGUACUAAUAAGGAUUCGUCGGAGAACCACAGCGGGAGUACGACGACGACGACGGAGAAUGAGCAUGAGUAUUACGAGGACAAGAAUUACUGGAAUAGUAUUUUGAAUUUGGUCGACAGUACUUCUUCUCCGUCUCCUGAUGGUGAUGAUACUCCCAUGUUUUAG